AUGGAUCCCAGAAACACUCAUGUUGCUCAUAAAAACAAUGUUGGUCUUAAUACUGGAUCUACUGAUAGAUUGGAACACUUUGAUGGCAUGGAGCAUGACUUGGAUGAAGAAGGAGGACCAUCUGCAAGAGAGUACUCUCAUGAAAUGGCUGAGGUUUCUGCAACUGUGGUAACUAAAUUUUUAACUCUCCAUUUACAACUUCAGUUUUCUUAUUUUUACUGCUUUUUUUUUUCAAAUAUGAAAAUUUUGGCUUGGAAUGUUCAAGGCUUAGCUAAAAAAUUUACUAGGGAUCAACUUUUUGUGCUAGUCAAGAAACAAUGUCCUGAUUUCUUAUUUCUACAAGAGACUAAGAUAGAUAGUGUAAGAAUGAUUUCCCUAGCAAACUGUCUGAACUACUGCAAUUAUGUCCAUAUAGACAGAGUUGGCCUAGCUGGAGGUAUCUUAUUUAUGUGGAAAGAUGGUAUAAGUUGUGAGAUUCAAGAUGUUUCUAAUGAUAUGAUUCAUGUGGUCAGUAAACUUAAUCCUAGUAAACCUGAAGUACUUAUUACAUUUAUGUAUGGCUCCACUUAUUUUGAUAAGAAAAAAUAUCAGUGGGAUUACCUACAAAGGAUUAGUGAAAAUAUAAGCCAACCUUGGCUGGUUAUAGGUGACCUAAAUUUUCAUAUGCAUGAGUUCUCUGAGGAUGCUAAUUUUUCUGUGGAAGAUAGGUAUGUUCAACAUAAAAUGAAUACUUGUAGUUUGAUGGAUAUAGGAUACACUGGAAAACACUAUAAUUGGACUAGUAAUAGCUUUGGAACAUGUUUUCAACUUAUUGCUAAGCAACAAAGUACUAGGAAAAAACUUUCUCACUGGAACAAAAUUAAGUUUGGAGAUAUUGAUAGAAAUAUUGAUAGAUUACAAGCUCAACUUGAAGCUGCCCAAAAUAAUCAUAAUUCAGUUUCUCAGCAUGAAAACAUUGUUCUGCUACAAAAAAAACUAGAUGAUUGGUUCAACAUUAAGACUGAGUUCUACAAACAAAAAUUUGGUGAUACUUUCAUUACAGAUACGGACCAAAAUACUAAGUAUUUUCAUACCCUGGCUAAUAGGAGAAUGUUUAGGAAAAAAAUUGAUUGUCUUUGUGAUAAUGAUGGAUCUUGGAUUGAUGAUAAUGUUGAGAUUGAGGACAUGCUUGUUUCUCAUUUUGAACAGGUCAGUAAAACCUCUAAUCCUAGGUUUACUAAUAUUACUUUUGAUAUCAUCCCAACUGUCAUUACAACACAUGAUAACUCUUUUCUUAAUAGACCUCCUACCAGUGAUGAAAUAUUUCAAACCAUUAAGAAUAUGAAUAUGAAUGCUUGGGGGCCUCCUGGUCCUGAUGGGUUUCAACCAGGCUUAUAA